ACGUGGGAGUAUUUUGCCUUCUAUUUUAUUUAAUAUUUAAUAGCUUUUACUUACCAGAUUUAAUACGGCAUCGUUUUAUCUCUUUUAAACCUCUCUGCGACUUCUCUCUCACUUAGGGUUUUACAUGCUUGUUGCUACUACGUUUGUUUGUGCAUUUCUCCUGCUGGAAUUAAGAUUCGCUUUUUUCUCAUACAAGACUUGUUUCAAAAAGAGCUCAAAACCCAUCAAUGGUGUUAUCAUUCUCUCUUAGAUGCUUGUCGAUAGCAGCAAAUCAGAACUCUUUUACCGUGUCUUACCUUAUAAACACGUGUGGGUUGUCUCCAGAAUCUGCAUUAUCAGCUUCUAAACAUGUCCAAUUUGAAACCCCAGAUAAGCCUGACUUGGUCAUAUCCUAUUUCCAGAAUCUUGGAUUCUCAAAAGCGCACAUCUCUAGUAUAAUAAGAAGGUAUCCAAGAACGCUGUCAUCCAAUCCUGAGAAGUUUAUUUUCCCUAAAGUAGAGUUUUUUCGGUCUAAAGGUGCUUCAACGCCUGAUCUUGUAAGAAUAUUCGUUUCCAAUCCCUGGAUCUUGAAAAGAAGUUUAGAAAACCAUUUGAUUCCUACUUUCAAUUUCUUUAGAGACUUGUUACAAACUGAUCAGAAAACCAUUUCAACUAUUAAAUUGUCUCCUGGUAUUAUGGCUCGUCGACUUGAAUCUGAGAUGAUACCUAACAUCAACAUUUUGCGAGAAAAUGGAGUUUCUGAAGCUAAUAUCUUGUUGGUGCUUCGUUAUCAUGCUCAAAAGCUUGGGAGGGAUGCGAAAAUGUUUAAAAAGAUUGUGGAUGAAGUGAACGAAAUGGGAUUUGAUCCUUCGAAAUCACAAUUUGUUUUAGCAAUCAUAGCAUUGAGGGGAAUUAGCAAAUCGACGUGGGAUGAGAAGGUGGAAGCUUAUAAGAGGUGGGGUUGGUCUGAUGAAGAUAUUGGUACAGCCUUUGGGAAGUAUCCAUGGUGUAUGACAAUCUCUACAGAUAAAAUUAUGGCAGUAAUGGACUUCUAUGUUGACAAGUUGGGAUUAGACUCUUCUGUUAUUGCCAAUCGCCCUGUGCUACUUUCACUGAGCUUGAAGAAGAGACUUCUUCCAAGAGCUUCAGUUAUUCAGUAUCUGUCAUCAAAAGGUUUGGUUAAAAUAGAUUCUCGUAUAGCUCGAUUGUUCGAGAUGACAUAAAAGUCUUUCCUAGAAAAGUAUUUGAAUUGUUUUGGGGAAGCACCUAAGUUAUUGAAGCUAUACAAUGAUAAACUAUUAGAUAUUGGAAAAUGACAGGGAGCUCAGCAACAGGGAAGACACAGAUUCAGUUGUGUUUUUGAUGCUAUGAAAUUUGCUGUCAAAGACUUGCUUUGGCUGAGUGCAGUUAAUUGAUGAUAUCGAAUGCAACUGCGACUGUGUUCUAUUUUGUUAGAUAUCUGGGAUAUGAUGCCGGAAAUAGACCGAUUUUAUAUGUCUCCCUGCAUAAUGUUCAAGCUCAAAAAUUUUGAGGCAUAUAUCAGUUAAACAAAGAGAAGCAAGUGUUUUGUUCAAUCUCAGUAUGAAUGUAUGAUUGACAUCUUCUGUUGGUUCUUGUCUUGGUAACUGUCAUUCUUGGUUCA